AUGCCACCAACUAAUGCCGAAAAGGUCCCCAGCGAAGCGCAAUCGAGCGUCUUUUUCAACACCCAGGCAACUCUCCGAGAAGAGACCUCUACCACAUCGCCAUGGCAGUUUUUCCAGAAAAAAGGGUCCGUACCGCAGACCACUGCCCCUAUCCCACAGAUCUCCGUUGAACGACAGCGUGCCGCUGCUCACGACCAUGCGCUCAAUGUUGGAGCCCUGCUUGAAGAGGAGCGGCAAGGAAAGGAGCCUCUCAAGGCGAAGACUGUCCUGUAUCUUGCCUAUGGGUCGAACAUGAGCUCCAAGACCUUCCGGAACACCCGCAAGAUCGUGCCCAUAUCGCAGCUCAAUGUCUGUGUGCCGGAUCUCACGCUCACUUUUGAUCUGCCGGGAGUCCCGUACUUCGAACCGUGUUUUGCCGCGACCCAGUAUCGAGACCCUGUCACCGGCGAACCCAAGUAUCCCAAUGGCCAUUUCACACAUCAGGCUGACGGGCGAGACAAUGACGAGGCCGACGACGACGAGAGAGGAGCGUUGCUGCGAUCCGACGACUCCGCUCUUGACGACACCAACGUCUGGCGCAAACCGCUCGUCGGCGUGGUCUACGAAGUCACGCUUUCGGACUACGCCCGGAUCAUAGCCACGGAAGGCGGAGGCUCCUCGUACAUCGACGUCGUGGUGGACUGCUACCCGUUUCCCGCCGACUUCAAUCCCUCUGACCCCGUCCCCAGCCAUCCUUCAACGAUCCCCUUUCGCGCACACACGCUCCUCGCCCCGGCCCGGGAUACCGCCAACGCCUGCGGCAAGACGGGGAGUAACAAUGGCAACUCUCAUCUCGUCCGUCACCCCACGUAUGCCCAGCCUUCUCCACGCUAUAUGUCCCUCCUCGUCAUCGGCGCGAAGGAGCAUAACCUGCCGGACUCUUACCGCACAUAUCUCUCCUCUCUCCACGCAUAUCGCAUCACCUCACGCCGGCAGCGUCUGGGCCAAGUAUUGUUGUGUCUGCUCUGGGUGCCGUCAUUGCUCCUUGUCAUGACUCUUGCUAGGAUAUUGGCGGAUAACAGGGGAAGGGCACCCGGGUGGCUGGCCAAGCUGCAGAGGGGCCUGUUUGGGAGUAUCUGGUGGACGUAUGAUGUGAUUUUUAGGAAGGUGUUUGGUGAUGGGGAGAGGACUGCUGGAACGUAG